AUGAAUAAAAAAAAUUUUUCACCUCCGCUUGUCGAUAAUCGAUUUGCAUUUAGAUCUCCAAGUAUUUAUCAGCCUGUAAUAGAACCAUCUUUUAAUUGGAAUCAAUUUCGUCGUACUGAACUUCAAUUUCAAAAAGCUGAAGCAUUACAUGAUAGUCAUGUUUAUGAUCGAUGUAAUUGUUCUAUGGUAAACUCUUCAAGUAGUUCACCAGUUUGUAUUGCUCAUGGUGCUAAUGAAUUUAUUCAAACAAAAAUUGAUGAAACCUUAUUACCAACAUCAUCAUGUCCAUGUGCAUUUUGUCGAAAAAAAUUUAAUGAAAGAGAUCGUCCUCAAGGUUUACUAACAAACGAAGAUCUCAAACAACUUUUCCCGCUAAAAGAUGCAUACGAUAUAAAUACACCAAAGACAGUUACGUAUUUAUCACGACCAAACAGUGCUCCUAUACAUAAGUCAUUUUCUUUACUUAAUCAUACAUCUGCUCCACGUUAUAUUUCAACACUUAAACAAUCAACACGAUCGAAUAAUAUUAGAAAAGAAAUCAAUAUGCAAUCAGCCAUUCCAACAAACUUCGGUAUGCGUUUAGAUGCUGAACCUAAUCAUAAUCAUUCACAAAUGUUUGAUCUUCCACGUGAACGAGAUGCCGUUUUUCGUAGUGUAGAAGAUUAUUUUCAUAUGACAUCCCCUGGUCGUCCAACUAUGAUUUUAUAA